AGGGCAGGUGAUAGUCGAUUACUUUGCUCCUGCUGUACUCCAUACGGUUGAGUUGGUUUCGCUAAAUCGCGGUCGCGUUCAAAAGAACAAUGAGUCUUAUACGUCGUGUACAUCAUUUGCAAUUCGCAUGCCAAAAUCUCUGGAAUAUGUGUCGUGCGUUUAGCAAUGGAUUGGGCUUCAAAAUCCACAGUUUCAUGAGGCAUGAAAAUCGAUACAGUGUGGCUCUGGGAAAUGGCAGCUGCAUGUUAUUGCUCAACCAGACUACCGGACCACCGAUUCACUGGCGAAUACAACCGUCAGAACUCUCUCAAAAAUUGACUGAUAGCUAUGCGCAUCGUCAAAUGCCGUUCGACAUCGCCCUGGAGGUUCAAGAUGUAUCUGACGUGUGUACUCGAGUUCGUCAUAUGAAAGGUACCGACUGGGUGCUUGUGGAACCGCUUGUUUGUUCCGACAACCAUGGUAGAAUCACCAUGGCCGUUAUUAAGUCAUGUAUUAAAAAUUUGUUUCAUACCCUAUUGGAUACAUCACAAUAUGAUGGCCCAUUGCUUCCCGGUUUCACGCUGCCCGAAGUUGAUGUGGCACCGGAGAUCGCGCAAGAAGUGCAACAGUAUACCGUACACCCUGACUGUCCCUCACCUGUAUUUGGGCACCUGGAUCACAUUGCUUUGGCCUGUAAUACGGGCGAGUCAGACCCUAUCAUUCAAUGGUACAAAGAGGUGUUUGGUAUGAAACGUGUGGCGGCUAAUAUUUUGGAUGACCCCAACGAUGGUUUUCUCGUUGAGUAUGGCCAUACUGGGAUGAAACUAAAGGCUGCUAGUUACACCGAAACACUGACAGAUGCCUGCACGUUUGUGUUGGUUGAACCGCUUGAAGGAUCCGCCCCGAAUCAGGUUACGCGGUUUCUGGACGCCAACGGUGGUCCAGGAAUACAACACAUUGGCUUCGCUGUCGAUGACAUCUUCACAGCCGUCGAUUCUUGUAAAGCCAGAGGCACUUCUUUCGUCACUCCACCGCAAUCGUACUAUGAUGCGAUAUCCCAAAUACCAGCCUUCGCCCGCUGUCCCGUCAACAUAAAGCAGCUUCGUCAAUCUGGCGUUCUCCUAGAUCCAGAUAUUUCCCCCGAUCAGUCGGGAAGCGAAGACCCAGUGAUGCUUCUACAGAUCUUUACUAUGCCCCUAUUCGAACGUGAUGCAUUCUUUGUGGAGCUUAUUCAACGAUGUGGUGGUGCUUCGGGCUUCGGUGCCGGGAAUAUCCUGGCACUCUGGAAGGCUUUGGAAGAUUCAAUCGCCUCUGGUGAUCAGCAACAACAGAAUCCAGGGUGAUCGAGCACAUAGCGCCGUCCCUUCGUCACCUGUACGCCACUUUCACUUCCCGUCCCCUCGGUGAUCUUAUCAAGACUAUUUACAAUUUCCUCCUCUUUUUUCACAUACCUACUCAUAUAAAUACAUGCG